AUGGGGUUUCAGAUGGCUGCAAAUUCUGGGAACAUCUCAUUUUCAUCGUCUCAAUCUAGUUCACAGGCCCAUGGGGAUACUGAUUCUGUCCAGGUUGCAGUGUGUUCUCUUUGUCAAAAGGCCGUAUCACAUGAUCAUGAGAUGGCAAGCGAUCUUGCUAGCAGUGGUGUGUGCGGUGAUUGUAAAUUUUUGUUACUUGAAGAAUUCGGGAAUCAUACAGUUACCCAAAGUUCACGAAGGAGGCUUAGAGGAAGAUUCAGGCGCAACAGUUCUGAAUCAACGGAGAAUAGUUUCUCACAGCAGAUUCCUCAUGUGGUUAAUACUGUGAGACAACAUUACUCACCUGCUUCUGAGGAGGAGGAUCAACUUGUAGAUGAUGACACAUCUGCUUGGUCAUCGCAAUAUGCUAGUACACAAAAUACCCCUGGUGGGUCUAGAAGGUGGAGGCAUGUUCUAUCUGACACUGACAGUGAUGGUUUUGAUAAUUGGACUUCUCCUUUUUAUGGUGAAAGUGAAUCAAGUGUGAGUUUUCGGUACAGGGUUCUCCAUGGUGAGACAGAUUCUUUCUCUCACAGUGCUUAUGGAGGUGACUCGGAUAUUUCUAUGGAUACUCAUAGUUUUUUUGGCACUGGAGUCUUUAAUUUACCAGAUGUGUUCGAUAGUGACACUGACAUUGAUCCAAUGCAUGCUGGCCACAGCCAAUGGAUUUCAGAUGAGGAUGAUGAAGAAGAGGAUGAAGAUGAGGAGGAGGAGGAGGAGGAGGAGGAGGAGGAAGAAGAAGAAGAAGAAGAAGAAGAAGAAGAAGAUGGAGAGGAGGAGGAGGAGGAAGAGGCGGAGGAGGAAGAGGAGGAUAGGGAAUGGGAAUUAGCUGAGGCUGAGGAAGCUGAAGCGACAGCCCGCCUUCAAAUUUUUUUCACAUCAAGUUCAAAUGAGAGCAGGGAUACCUGGCAAGCUUUUGAGGAUAGUGACUUACCUCAUGGAGCGAACUUUGGGGAUUAUCUUGAUGCCAGACGUUUUGAAGAUCUGCUUGAGCAUCUUGCUGAGAAUGACAGCUCAAGAAGAGGAGCACCUCCUGCAGCUGUGUCUUUCAUGAAAAAUCUGCCACGUGUGGUCAUUGGCAAAGAACAUGAGAAGCAUGGUGAACUAGUUUGUGCCAUUUGCAAGGAUGUCUUUGUAUCCGGUGCCGAAGUAAAUCAACUCCCCUGCUCUCACCUUUAUCACAUUGAUUGCAUUUUGCCAUGGUUGAGCGCACGAAAUUCAUGCCCUCUUUGUCGUUUUGAGCUUCCAACCGAUGAUAAGGAUUAUGAAGAGGGAAAGCAGAACAUUGAUGGUAGAAAUGUGAUCCAUGAGAGGCAGCAAAUAGAUGUAACAGAUGAUAGUUCCUCUGAUGGAGAUGAGGUGAAUGACGAGAAUGGUAGUAGUCAAGAUGAAAUACGGCAUAGGGUUUUGAGCUCAGAUUCUGCCGCAAUUUCUUCUACAACAAGAAGUCGUAGAGGAAGAUGGUUUUUUCUUGCUGCAGCUCCAAUUGUUAGCUUAGUGGGCAUUGUUCUUGUAUUGUGGUUAGGUAAUAACUCUGAUAUUGAAGGAAAUAGAAAUCUGGGCAGUCAUUACUUAUCCGGGCAAAAUCAACAUGCUGUUCAUGCUUAUGCCACUCCAAACCAGAGGGAGAGUAGAAGCAGAAGAUGGUGGUGCCCAUUUUAA